UGCCUCCGCCGCCGCCACUCCCCUUCCUCCUGCCGUCCGGUCAUGAUAGCCCUUCGGCCCGACGCCGCCCGGAGUCCCUCAAUCGUGGCCCGACCUCUGAGAUGUCCGAUUUCCCGCCCUCGCCCUCGCCCGGCGCCAACGCAGCCGCCUCCGCCGAUGAUCCUGGCGGCAGCGAGAAGCCCGUCCCGCCCGAGCUCCUGGAGUGGAACCCCGAGCCCAUCAGUUCGUCCUUCGAGCAGGCGGCGUCGCUGCUCUCGUCGGAGGGCCUCACUAUCCUGACGAACCUGCCUGCGCUCGCUGAGGAGGAGCAGAAUGCGUACGACCAGCUUCCCGGGCCUUCCCACGGAUAUGACUUGCACCCAUGGCCAGCUCGAGGAUACGACCCACAGCCUGCACCUUCGUUCGGAUAUGACCUGCAGCAAGGUUCGACCCAGAGGUACGGCCCGCAACCGGGUUCUAGUAACGAAUACAAUGCUCAACAUGGCGUCUUGUUCGGAAGUGAUCUACAACCCAGUCCUUCCCUCAAAUACAACCCACAACCUGGUGCUGCUAAUGAAUUCAACUCACUGCCUGGUUCCUCCUUUGGCAACAACGUACUGCAAGGUUCUGCCUGCGGGUAUGACGUAGUACAAGGUGGUGUCCACGGAUACGGCGCACAGCACGACCAGUGCCUUGCGCCCUCCCACCAUCACGACGGGCAAUCGGUUCCCCAGCCCCUCAGCGCCUCGCCCUCUCUCAGCUUCGCUUCCGAGACCAGCUCGACCAGAAGAGGCUAUCGCCAUCGACACACGCGGCAGUUUCUGCAGGACUCCGACCAACGCGCGCAGCGAACGCGCGUCCUCAACAAUGAAGCGUCGAUUUUGUACCGGGCAAAUAUGCGCGCUAGGUACGAACAGGUACAGCAGGAGCUAUACGACCUCGAGAGAAGAAACCAGCAGCUCUCACAGAGAUUUCGUGAGCUACAGCGGAUCCGCGAUAAAUGCAAGAGGAUUCUGGAGGCAAUGGAUGUCCCGGUGCCACGUAGGUGAAGUCAGUGUAAUCAAAGUUAAAUCCAAAAUACUUUAUUCCGUUAGUUUUAUCAUUAGUUAGAUGUUAAACGUUUCGUUCAUGAUAUGCAUAGGUUCGACUGAGUUCACGAUUGAUGGUGUUUUAUGAAUGAGAACAAAAGAAAAUGUCAUGGAGAAUUAAAGAGCACAAGAAAAAGUAUUAGAAGAAAGACCAGAUAAAGUUCAUGAAAGAUGGCUGACGAAUUUAAACACGGCAAGUACUCGAUUGCAUUUAUAGACCCCAGUAUAUUGAGAAUCUUGGUAAUGUUGAGGAUGGUUAUAUUCAUUAUGAUAAUUAUAUGAUAAAAAUGAUAAUAAAUUCCAUGAUAUUAAUCAUAACAAUGAUCAUUAGCUAUAACAACAUCAGCAACUACAAUUAGAAUAAUGAUAAAGAUAUCAGUAUC